AUGGUUUUACAAGGUGAACGGCUUUUCGCUGCUUCAACGCUGAUGGCGGCUGUCGCUUUCCUGUUAUUUGGAUAUGAUCAGGGUGUCAUGUCUGGUGUUGUGGCAAAUGACCGGUUUAUUGAAUGGAUGGGUAAUCCAAGCCCAGGACUUAUGGGCGCGAUUGUUGCCAUAUACGAGAUCGGAUGCUUUGCAGGUGCACUUAGUACAGGUCGUAUUGGAGACAUUUUGGGACGAAUCAAAACUAUCCGGUUAGGCUGUACUAUCCUUGUGCUCGGUGCAGUGAUGCAAACAGCUUCUAUCAACAUUGCCAUGAUGAUCGUUGCCAGGACUGUAACCGGGGUGGGUAAUGGUAUCAAUACGGCGACUAUUCCAGUAUACCAAUCUGAACUAUCGCCACCGAGCUCGCGUGGAAAGGGUGUUGCAUUUUCAACAACAGUGCUUGUGGUCGGUGUGGCGCUGGCAUACUGGCUCGAGUACGGUCUGUAUUUUGUCCACGGUGAUUUUGCCUGGCGGUUUCCUUUGGCAUUCCAGAUGGUCUUUGGCUUGCUUUUGAUCGUUGCAUCGUAUUUCUUGCCCGAAUCACCGCGUUGGUUGCAAGCACAGGGGAGAGAGACUGAAUGUAAGCAAGUAUUGGCACGGCUGUGGAGCGGCUGUGACAUCAAGCAUCCACGGUGUUUGCGUGAAUGGGAGGAAAUCCGAGAUGGUAUAGAGGUGGAACGGCAUUCGUCUGCAUCGUAUCGAGAGCUAUUUUCCAAGGGCAAACAUAAUAACCGGUAUCGGGUCUUGCUGAGCAUUGGAGGCCAAUUAAUCCAACAGUUCAGUGGCAUUAAUGUCAUCAGCUACUAUAUCACUAUUGUUUUUGAGAACUUUAUGCCCACAGACAAGGCGAUGCUCAUGACGGGAGUUGACGGAAUCGUAUAUAUUAUUGGUGCCACGAGCGCCAUCUAUACCAUCGACCGUUUGGGCCGGCGCAAACUGAUGUAUAUUGGUCUACUUGGUCAAGCGGUAACGCUUGCGCUAGUGGGUGCCUGUCAAGCCCUUGUAGAGCAAGGAGGUCACGAUGCACUAGUGCCCGCGGUCAUCAUCUUUAUGAUAAUAUAUAAUUUUGUUUUCGGUGCCACCUGGCUUAGUCUCGCAUGGCUAUACCCAUCAGAAGUUUUCUCAACUCUACUGCGCGCCAAAGGAAAUUCUCUUAGUACGGGUGCCAACUGGAUUGGAAACUUUAUCGUGGCUGAAAUCACACCCAUCUUGUUUCAAAGCGUCGGCUAUUGGACUUUUUUAAUCUUUAGUUUUGCAAAUGUCUUGUUUUUGUUGCCUGUGGUACUUUAUUUUCCGGAAACUCGGGGUAAAUCCCUAGAAGAGAUAGAGACUUUGUUUGCUGUUCAAGAUGAGGAUGAGGAGGAGAAGACCGUAGCUGUUGGCAAGAAGAACAGCACUACUACUGCUAUUUCUAUAAACAGUGGUCAUCGCCGUAAUCCUUCUCCUCGUUUAGAUGACAGCGUCAACGACAACAAGUAA